GCCCCACGUGUACGAUGUCGUGGAGGGAUACGUGAAAAUAUCUAUGGAGUGUGCUGAGAUAUUCAGGCUUCUAGAUGGAGAAAGGAAGCCUGAAAGUGAAGAUGAGCCGAGGGUGCCUUAUGCUGUUGUCAGCAAUGGUGGCUCAGGGCCCAGAUUCAGCAAGGGAUGUAUACAGUCAUUUUGAUUUCAAUAACAAAUACCUGCCUGGAUUGUUGAAAAGAAGAAGUAAUAAGGGGGGAAUAGAUGUCCGCAUAGCCUACAUUCAGUUUGCUCUCUCCUUUCUCAUUGCUGGUGACAAUACAAUCUUGGCACAGGUGCUGGAAUUGAAAGAUUUCAUUCCAGGUAUUCUUCGCUCUGAAAUAAAGGAAGACAGAGUUUCUACUGUCAAUCUUCUACUUUCCACACUGAGAACUAAGGUGGUUCACAACAAAAAUGUCACCAAAACACAGAAGGUGCGUUUUUUUACUGCAGAAGUGUUGAUUCACAUUGCUUCUCUGUACCGUUGGAAUGGGAUUACUGACGUCAGCCCUGGGGAUUUAAAGGUGGCUCAAGGUUCUGAGGAGGUGGGAAAAAUGAUGGUACGGGAGCUUGUUCAUAGUUUCUUAAUGGACCUCUGCUGUUCUCUGAAACAUGGCAUAACAUUCUAUGAUCCAAGUCUUGGAACUUCUGGCAAGGGAGGAAAUGUGGUACUUUUGCACUUCCUGCUUGGUUUAAAAACUGCAACAGAAGAUGAAAUGGUYGCUGAUCUCAUGGUGAAUAUUUUCAAAGUAUGCCCAGACUUAUUGAAUAGAUAUUUCAAGGAGACCCAGUAUUCCUUUGUUCCUAGAACAAAGUCUGCUUGGAUGGACAAUAUGAAGUUACUCAAGAAGAUCUAUGAGGCUCAACCAGAAAUCUCCUAUUCUUUUAAGACUUCAGAAUUUAUUCCUCUUCCCAGGUUGCUUUCUAUGGUGAUGGUAACAACAGUCCCUGCAGUGUGCAAUAAAACAAUGUUCAACCAAGGAUUAAAUUUGUCCAGCACAGUGGUGAAGCACAACAUCCUGUCCAUGGUGUCCAUGGUGCUGAGAAGAGCCCUGAGGAACAUUGAACACUGCUUGUCUGAAGAAACUUGGCAAAGGUCUCAAAUCUACACGCUGUCAGCAAUGCAGGAGUUUGUGCAGCUCUACAGAGAAGCUGUCAGCAAGGUUUUACCAGACAUGACUGCUAUAGUGGCUGUCUGGCAGUCCCUUCCGAAGCAAGAAUCAGAACACCACGAUGGCCCCGCAGAGGAAAAGGAAAGAGAUCUCUCCACUGUGAAGUCAACAACCGAGACAGCAGAAGCUGCUGAGCAGCAUGGUUCAGAUGAUGCUGAGACGCUGCUUCUGAAAGCUGCCCUGCUUCAGGUCAUAUGUCUUUAUCAGAAGGUUGUGCCCCACUUGGUAGCACAGAGCACCUUUGAUUUCAGCAAGCUGCUAAAAGGUAUAGUCACUGAAAAGGGCCUUCGGGAGGAGGUCCCUCCUCUUCUGCAGCACCAUAUACUGGAAGUGGCUUUGGAACUUCCUGCAAACAAAUUCACCUGGUUCAGAGUACAGGACACCUCUGAGACAGAGAAGAUGUCUGGUGARAAAUCCGUCUUCUAUUUAUUGAUGAAAAUGUUUGUUACAAGUACCCAUUCUCAUCUGAAAAUUUCCACMAAAAAAUUGAUCAUCAAGGUUUUACGUGACAGUGGAGUGUUUGAGUACACAUGGAAGGAACUUUCAAUUUGGCUGGAACACUUGGAUAAUACAAAAGAAGACCAAAAGGAAGCAGUGAUUCAGUUUUUGGAAAGAAUCCUGCUGAGGCUGGUGACAAACCCCUAUCCCUACACAGACAAGGCAGCAGAUGUGGUUCAGGAAGCCAGCAUGCUCCAGGUCACUUUGUUGAAACAGGACUCUGAUAGCAUCAGCAUCCCUGUCUCUCACAUCGACGAUGUCCUGGAUAUGGUGGAUGUCCUGAUCGAGGACAGUGAAGGCUUAGAUGAAGAAAUUGGGUUCUCUUUAAAUGAAGACAUGAUUAUCCAAACAUUUCCCUUCAGUGCUGUUAUCCCUGCUGCCUUAGAAGCCAGGAAUGUACUGUUGCUUCAGUCUGAAAAUGGAACAGGAGCACAUAUCGUGGAGUACCUUGUUGCUGUUUUCACUGACAUCCUGCACUCUCAGAGAGAACCCCUUGCCCUCUGCUUGAUGUUUCAGCUCUAUGAUAAAGAACUCAAGUUGCUGAAAGUUUCUAAGUAUCCUCAGCUCUACCAGUUUAACCAGUACUAUAAACUCUGGAUACCCCAGCAAUCUCAGGAACCUGUGUUUAAAAACCACAAGAAGGUAAGCCAAGAACCUACUGUGGCACUGGAUUGUGUAUUUACCACUGUGCUAAGGAGAGCCUAUGAGAGAGGAAGCAAUACUUUACUGGAAGAUGGUGUUCAGUCAAAAUUGAGAGACUUGGCUUCCUGCCUCCCACCUGAACAGCUUUUGUUGGGAGUAAAGCACGUGCUGCUAUACCUGAAAUCCACAGUGGAGAACUUCAGCAGUAUUGGUAAAACUUUGGGUCCUCAGCUGGUUGGCCUCUAUGUGGACAUGCUGAGCAGUUUGUUGUGCCGGGCCAAGCAAAUGGAGUUGGAUCKGCAGCAGAAACGGGAGGAGCAUCGGGAUGAGUCGGAUCUCUUUAUGGAUGAGGAGUCACUGGUGGCAGAAGAGUCUGCAAAUGACAAGGUACUGGAAGAUGYGCUCACCUUGAUUUUCAGGCAUCCUACUCUGGAGAGCUGGUUCCUGGCGCUGGAGCUGCGCUCGGUUCCUCAGCCUGGUUUGAACCCUGUCACUGUGAAACUCCUGUCAGCUCAGCUCAACCUCGGCGUGCUCCAGCUGCUGAAAACGGGUGCCCCGAUCCUGCAGAGCACCACCAUGGGUCACAGACACGUGCUGUCCAAGUAUUUUGAAGCUGUCACCAAAGCUGUCCUGGAAGAGCUGCAGGCUGUGGGCAAGGACAGAAGCCAGGUCUGUCCCAGGAAGUCUCAGCAGCUGCAGGCUCUGGAGGAGCUGCACGUGUACAUGACUGCAGCUCAGCUGAAGGAGAUCACUUUAACCAUGCUGCAACUUCCUGAAAUGAGCUUGACAGCUCAGAAAUCUGAGAAAUGCCCCCAAAAAGGGAAACAGUUAAGCUUCUAYGGACAAAUUUUGGUGCAGCUCCUCACAGACAGCUACCAAAGGCAUUCCCAGCAAGGAGAACUUCUGCUGUCCACAGAGCAYAUGAAAGCUUUGGGGCUAUUGAUGUCAGCAUCAGCCAGCAAAGAUUUGGAGCAAGUUUUCCUUCAGGCUCUCCAGAAUGAGCCRGUCCUUGCUCUCACAGUUGGUGUCGAGGUGCAGCUUCACUGCCUUGCCCAGCACUCACACACGUCCCUGGCCAUCGUGGCCAUGCUGCUCCAGCACUCCAGGACUCACCUGCUGCAGUUUGAGCUCUGGUGUCUGAGCAGUGCCACUGGGAAGUACCUCAGGAAACACAUGGAGAGCUUUCUUCCACUCCUGAAUGUGUAUGUGCAGUGCAGAGACGAGUUUGGUUUCAGCCGACCCUCCUCAGUUGUCUCGGCGGUCACAGCUGUCCUGAGGAAAGCCCUGUGGGAAGAGCUCUGUGCUGAGAUUCAGGACACCACAGCAUCGCGUGAGGCCACUGGGAAACUGCAGAUUCUUGCAAAGUUGUUGCCACCUUCGGAAAGCAAAGGGCUGCAGAAGCUGAUGGCCCAGCUUCCUGCUGCUCUGGAGAGGGCAGGGAAUGCAGAGAGAUGGGCAGUGGCAGAUGCCAUAUCCAGAGUGCUUAAAGACUCAGAGGAGCUGCKUUCCUGGAGGAGACGUCUCUUGUCUGCCUGCAUGAAGGGCUUAGUGGCCAUGUACAACAGCAGUAAAAAUGAAAGCAAGCAAGAAGUGGAGAGGUCCAUGCUGCUGAGGCUAGAGGAAUUACUGGGCAUGGUUGAAGAAGUGGACCCAGAUGACUGGUGCAGCCUUGUGAAGGCAGGACUCAAGUACCGUUACAAAGAUGAAACGUUUCUGAAGGUCCUGAAUGUUGCCAUCCAGYUACUCUACAAGGAAGAAUCCUCAUUUAGCCAGAGAUUAGUCAAGCUCUCCAAACUUCACAUGAUGGUCACCCAGCACUCGCUGUUUUUGUCAGCCAUCCUGAGGUCAAGAGAAGAAGAUGGCAUGAACACUCAGACAAGAGAGGCGCUGGUGGACAUUCUGCUGACAGCAGUGCAGCUCAGCCCCUCUCUGUGUGACAGCAGCCACCUGCCAGUGCUGCUUGGAGCCUACGGGGCCACGCUGAGUGCCYUGGAUCAGAAGAUACUGCUGCUGCUUCAGUUGUAUGAGAAGAAUAAUCAAAGUCUUCUAAACYCCAGGAUCCUGCUGUGGGGUCCGGCUGCUGUGGAGCAUCACAAGACCUGCAAGAGCCUGGGCAAGUCCCUGUGGCAGCAGCCAAGCAUGGAGGAGAUUCUGUGUCUGCUGGAUCGAGAGAAGAUGAUGAAGACGAUUCUGUCGUUCCCUCAGCAUCGCCGGCUGCUGCCAGCACAGGGGAUAGAAAAGUCACUAUACARGGAUGAAACAGUCAAGAGCCUGGAUGACUUCUAUGAUCCUUGUUUUCUGCUUCAGCUCUUCAGUGAACUGACCAGACCAGAGUGUGUGGUGGCUUGUCACAAGUUUGUGGAAGUCAAUGCCCUGGGGCUCACAGUGGCUGCCCUGAGCAGCUAUGACUCCAACAUGAGAGCAGCUGCUUAUUUCGUGCUGGCUUCGUUCCGCUCCCAUCUGGAAGGGGCUCGCUUCCGAGAGAAGAGCCAGUUGCUGUAUCUCUUGGAUACUGUGCAGAAUGGAAUCAGGCAGCCAAACCUCAGGUUCACCUUCUCCCUSACGCUCUACAUUGCUCGUGUGGCACAGCAGAUCCUGAAGCCAGAGGAGCACAUGUAUAUAAAGGUAAACAGAUUCCUUCUGACGCACCAGUAUUUGGACCUGAGGAAAGUACCAGGCUUUUUCCAGCUUUUCUACAGUUUUGAUUUYGAGUACAAAACAGAGCGUCAGUGGAUCCUCAGAUUUCUUGGGGAAGGGCUGCGUGACAAGCAUUGCUAUGAGCUUUAUGACUACCAGAGGAUUUUCCAGGUCAUUCUUUCCUUUUUCCACAGUCCUCUGUGUGAUGAGGGCUCCCAGAGYCGUAUUCUGGAGAUAUUACAAAGUGCUGCCCGUGUCACCAGAGCUGCCUAUGAGCUGAUACAGGAUCACAGCCUCCUCACAUGGGUCCUGCACAGCUUAGAGAAAAGGUUUCUGGAAAACAAGGUGAUAAAUAAAAUUAUUUCCUUACUCCAUACUCUGUGGCUAACAAAUUUAGGGGACAAGCAAGAAAACAAGAAUCAAUCCCAGGAGAAGAGAAAACUUCUUCCUAUUCAGCUUGUAAAUGAGUUUCUGUAUGUUUUGGUCAUGUUAAUCAAACAUAUUCGGACCAACGUGGAUGUGUCCAGGCUGAGGGAGCUGCUGGGCACUCUCRGUUCUGUGCUGCGCUAUCGCGCUGCGGUGCUGGAGGCGUUCCGGGAGCUGGGGAGGUUCACGCUCAAUGCCACUGUCCUGUCCAGCAGGGAUGUGCUGCUGCUGCUGCACAAGUGGAGCUUUGUCAGCAGAGACCUGCAGCUGCAGGAGGACCUGCAGGCCCUGGCUCACAAGUUCCAAAACAAAGAACUGCUCAAAAAUAUUAAAGACAAGAACAAACCUCAAGCCUCAUCUUACGUGUAUCGUCACACUCGGAAAAAAAAUGAGGUGGAAGAAGAUGAAACUGCUGCAGACGUGGACGUGUCUGAGCUGGAGAAAUGCAGAGAUCUUCUCAAUUCUGUACUUGYCCAUUGGGAGCCCCCUUUCCCAGCGCCACCCUCCAGACAGGGAGGGGACACCCUCAGCCCCAGCGACGGGGAUGAAGCCAUGGCUGUCACCUGCGCAUCCACCCACAUUGUCACCAAGUGCCUGCUGAGGUCCCUGGCUGAGCAGAGGCUCCUCAGGGAGCAGGAGGUGUCCCCGGUGCUGCRGUGGCUGCAGAGCCACGUCCUGUCCCAGCCCAGGGCCGUGCGGGACGUGCUCGGGGAUGGGGCGCUCAGGAACAGCCUCUUUAAGCUCUACACGCGGCUCUGCCAGGCCAGCAGCAGCUCAGCUGGGCUCUGCAGAGAGCUCCAUGUGCUCAGCUCCAUCAUGCUGCAGCUCCUGGAGGAGCAGGGCCUGGCUGGCACCUUCCACGGGUUUGUGAAAUCCCUGUGCCCCGCAGCAGCUGCAGAAGAGGAUGUGAGCAAGACAGCUGAUUUUGUAUUCUUGACCUCCCUUUACGUCGGGGACAUGUGGCUUGGAGCACAGGAGCCCGAGAUGUUACUUACCCAUGUCAGAUUGGUCUGCACUAGUGCAGGCUGUGAAUUACAACAUGACUUGGAAACUCAGAAGCAAGGAGAAGAAACUAUUGUGUCUCUUUGCAAAAAAAUUUGGCUACAUCAGGGCAUUAAUUCAGGGAGCUAACACUUCACCUUUAAUGUUCUGUGUUCUGCCAUCGUUGUCAGCCGUGAAAGCCUCCUGAGCUGUUCUCAUGKGGACCUAACUGGUUUGGUCAUAAAGAUCAACACUUUAUUACUCUGUGCAAACUCGGGGAAGAUUUUAUUCAACAUCUCUCAGUGGGACAUUAAAGCUCCAAUUUCCCUUUUCUUGAACAGUCUGGGACUCAGUAUCAUUUCUAUCAUUUUUAUUAGAGACGUUUUUAACUUCUUGAAGAACCAGAAAGACUGUUCAUGUCCAUGUGUGUGUUGUUAAAAUCCAUCCUCUCUCAAUAUAGGAUGGGAAAAAAAGGCUGCAGAGCUUCCCACAAUGUGGUGUAAGUGCAAAUAAUGAGGAGCCAGAGGUUUAGUCAUGAUGAUUUACUAUUUCUUGAAGAACUUGUUUGAUUUCAUGAUGCCAAAACCAGUAUGAAUGGAAGACUGAGCUGUGGAAUCAUGAUAUCUGGGAUUCUUCUUGGCCUUAAAUUAAAUGGCUUUUUAAAACACUUAUAUCAGAGCUGGUCUGUUUUUAUUACCCCCCUUUUUUUUUAAUUAAAACAAAAAAAAGCCCUGACCUAUCACUGCUGCUACAAUGUGCAACGAA